AUGUCUGACCAUACCUACCAGUUCAACGUCAAGAUGCACUGCAGCGGGUGCUCUGGUGCCGUCCAGCGCGCCUUGGGCAAGGCGGAUGGUGCGUGUCCUCCCCAUUUCCGCGGACACUAUCUGAUUCUUUCUCCGUGCUUUUGCGGGAUGCGGAUGACAGGUAUUUCUUCCUACGAAGUUAGUCUCGAGAAGCAGGAAGUGACGGUCAACACCGCGAGGAGCUAUGAGGAUGUGCUCCAAGUCAUCUCGAAGACUGGCAAGGAGGUGCUCAGCGGGACGACCAUUGCCUGA